AUGGCUGCCGCACGUUGUGAAACAUGCGGCCUGGGCAUUUGGAGCCCGCCCAGCCGGUGCGAGGGUUGCCGAACACACGAGCGCCUUAACAGCGCCAUUGCCAACCGCACUUGGACUGCCCACACAUGGCGAGCCGUGGGUAUGGCAAUGGCGGCCAUUGUGGCUGUGGCAGAUGGACCCGGAAAGGCGGACAGGUGGUGGAGCAGCUCGAGGCGCAGGUCGCCAGCUCGCUCGGAGUCUUCAACGCCACCUCCGCCAGCACCUGGACGCGAUGGGCCUGCCGCCGAGCCGCCUGUGGUGGAGCGAGCUGCUGCCGAUGGGCGCGGCCGCGAUGAGGCGUGGGACCGCGCAGUUCCUGCGGUGGGGCGAGCUGUUGCCGAUGGGCGCGGCCGCGAUGAGGCGCGGGACCGCGCAGUUCUUGCGGAGCGUGGCCACCCAGCAGGCAAUGGCAAGGGCGGCGGCGUGGUGGCCGCAGGCAUCGGCGAGGCGACGGAGACCUUGGAGCACUACUCAGAGCUGUGCUUAACAGACGCCUAUACCGCUCUGUGCCGCGGCGCGCAACGCUCUUGGCGGCCAAUGGCGUCGGGGCGCCGCGAGCGUGUGGGCGAGGCCGCCAACCCGGGGCCACCUGCAGCGGACUCACGUGGGGCCCCAUCAGCGUUGGAAGUCCAGCGCCAAUGCGCUGCCGAAGCGCUUGCCAGAGCUGGCUUGCCCCCGUUCCCUCCAUUGCUGCCAGAGGCCGUGUCACCGUGUGGCAUGAUCAGCGAUACUGCAUCGCAAGCAACGGACCUGGCUUACCUUACUCCCCGCGCAGCGGGCGGCGACCUCACGCCGCUGACAUUGCCCGAUGCCCGAACACCAGACGAGGCGCCAAGCACCCCCGUGCCCGUGCAACCUCUGCCCGCGCAAGCGCGCUCCAGGUGGCAACGGGGGCCUCCGGCUGAGGGGCCGCUGCCGCCCAACUCUUGGAUCUACAUACCCCUCCUCCUGAAUGGGGCUGGCUCUUGUGCCCAGCGGCCGCAGCUGGUUGGCCGGCCGCCUGAGGACUGGGCAAGCGCGUGCCGCGCGUUGCUGGAGCAGCCCGCGCAGCCGCUGACGCUCACUGACGCCACUCGAGCUGCCGCAGGCGCCGAUGGUUACCUCACUGCGGCUACGCAGUCGGCCUUCCUACAAGCUUAUGGCGGAGUCGGUGUCGCUGCCGAAGCAGCGGCACUAGCCGAACGCGCGCGCGCCGCCUUGCCCGCACAGAGCCGGCGCAACCCUCGACGCCGUCGCCGAGCGCAUGCACCACGCGCGCCCACAGCACCAGACGGUGCUUCGGGAAGCGUUGCUGCGGGAGAGGCACCCGAGCCUGGGGUGGACCGAUGCAGGGUGACCCGACAUGCGACUGGCAACCUUCCAUGGGCCGACGUGGACCAAAUAGACCUGCAGGCGGAGUUGCGGCGGCCUGUCCCCACCUUGCAGAACGCGCCGCCUUUCCUGCGAGCUGGCGUCUGCCGGGCUCUCGUGUUUGCGUUGCGGGCGAUUCGCAACGCUGAUGCCGCGGAGAACGCCCAUGUCACUCCCGCCCGACCUUGGUCCCUAUUUUUGCUUACGCCGCGCAUGCUCCUCGCGCGCCCGGGCUUGGAUGGCGCGGCCGGGCGCAGGCUCUUGCUUGAGCGCGUCGACCGGUACGAGCGAGGCGAGUGGCUCGCGUUGCUGGCCGCCGCGCAAAGGGCGCGGUCCACAGCAAGCCGAACGGAGGAAGACGCCGAAGCAGCACUCCGCCAGCGGCGUGAGGCCACGUGCCGGCUCGUCCGCAAGGGUGAAAUCAGCCGCGCCCGCCACCUGCUCACGAGUGGCACCUUGGCGCCGGGCGAUGAAGCUACAUGGGAAGCGUUGACUGACCCUGCAAAACGCCCCGCCCAAGCGCGCACGCCUGUCCCAGAUGAGCUGCUCCACUGUCAACCGGAGGAGCCGGCCCGCAUCACUGCUCGCGCCAUUGCGCAGACGUUGCGCGAGGCCAGGCGCGGCGCCGCGCCGGGCUUGUCAGGCGCGCGGGCGGAACACUUUAAACUCCUCCUAAGCGAUGCUGAUGGCCUGGAGCUGCUCAUGCACGCAGCAUCCGUGCUGGCCCAAGCUCGCGUUCCCCCGGCUGUAGCGGCUGCCCUUGCUCUAGCUAGGAUGACAGCGCUGCAGAAACCGGAUGGCGGCGUGAGGGGUAUCGCCACAGCAGAUGUCUUUUGCCG